ACGGUGCACGCAGACGCCGCGUCUACCUGUUUGGUCCCCUGCUGGCGGGAGGAAGGAGGCGGCACCAUGAGCCAAGUUAUGACCGUCGCGAAGCCCCUGGCCAAGCCCCUGGUGUCUCAAGCCCGGUGCGAGGUGAAGUGGGGGGCCAGGGGCAAAGCCUCCUCCAGCCGGACGUAUGACUUCCUGUACGAUCCAUUGUUUAUUGUGUCAAGUGAGAAAGACCACACGCAGGCAAAUGUCCAAGCAUUCCUGAGUCGAAGCAGACUGGGAAAGGUUCCCAGGUUUAGGACCAUGUUCAGUGACCUGAUCCAUUACCCAAGAUCUUCUCUAUAUUGGAGCAAGGCUGAUCCCGUCCCACCAUUCAUCAGUCGGAAAUGGAAGGGACACGAGGACACACACAGAGAAACCCUCCAGCAACUUGCUGUAAUCGAUACUUCUUUUCAGAUUCCUGAAAAAGUUUAUGAAGAUCCUGAUGUUACUGGAAAGAAUCGCUAUAAAUAUUUUGAAAGGCCUUUCCUUCCAUACACUGAACAGAUGCCACGCAGUGUUGUUUUGGCAUCAACCAAGUUAGAGCCAUAUACCUUUCCUCCUCCUGCUUUGACUAGGCCUUCACCCAUCCCUUCAAAGUAUACUGUGGGCACUCAGACCGAUUAUCGUGAUUCUGAAGUUCAAACAGAUCCGUAUUCUCCAGAAUAUGUAGUAUGCCAGGAAUCAGUCCCUGAGCUCUUGACCCUGGCUACAUUGACUUGGGGCCGAGGUCUCCCAGCAGGACAAGCUGAAGUGGAAAUGAUAGAACGAGCCCGGGAGAAGCGUGCCUGGGAAGCCAGCCUCCCCUCUCUGGGUGACACCUCCCAGCUUGAGAAGAGGAGGAAGAUGCUGAAUGAGAUGGAGAGGAAGGAGUGGGCCUUCCGAGAGCAGGAGAUUCAGAAACUGCAGGAGAUUCGCCUGGAAGUUCUAAAAGAGCUGCUGAGGAAACGUGACAAGAAUCAGCAAGAAGUGACUACCAAGAACUUGAAUGCCCAGUGGUCUAAACUGCAGCAAGCAAAGGAGGCGAAACUGGCAAAAAUUCGUCGUACACAUGUCUCAGCAAUCAGAAAGCUUAUGGGAAAGAGGAAGAAUGUAGAAGGGAAGCUGGAGAGAAGAAAUAUCAUCAAGGACUAUUCUGAUUAUGCAUCACAGGUCUAUGGACCUCUAUCUCGCCUUGGUCGUUUCCCAGACAACACAGAGGACUUUGUAGUAAAAAACCACUAUCUCGACACCUAUGAAGGAUUAGUCGAACUUGAGUCAUGUCUCCCAGAUUUUGUGACACAACCCCGAAUCAGACCUCCAAAACCUAAAGUCACAACCACCAAAGCUGGCUUUCUAAAGAGGGCAGCAAGGAUGGACCAUGAGUUGGCAGAGGUUCAUAAGGCACUGUUGGAUAAGAAGAGUAAAACUUUCGAACCAAAGAAACCUCUCGUCUUUCUUCAAAAGAAGCCAAUACCUCAGCCUCGGCUUCCAACGCCCACCUUGGAAAUCACUUCCAGUGAAGAAGGAGACAUGGAAAUGGCCGUCAUCUACCUUCAAAAGUUACUCCGGGGCAGAGUCGUUCAGAACAUGAUGUUUGAAGGGAAAGAGAAGCGACUGGAGUUGAUCCAGGAGCUGCGCACCACCCACGCACUGCAAGAAGAUGACAGGCUGGUGAAGAAAGCGGAGAAGCAAGUGACCCUGGCCCUGCAGCGGCAGAGGAACUUGCACGAACACAAGGUGUCACUGGUUGAAAACCACUUGGCGGGCCUGGAAGGAAGGGUGCUGGCCGACAUGCUCGACUUCCUGUCCAAGGAGCUGGUGCGGCUGCAGGAGGAGCGGCGCGUCCACGCCUUCGCCAUGCUGGCCGAGCGGCAGCGCAGGACGCGGGAGGCCGAGGAGAGCGGCCGGCGCCAGGUGGAGCAGAGGCGCCUGCGGGAGGAGGACGAGAUCUUCAAGGAGGUGGUUAAAGUUCACCAGAGUACUGUAACUUCCUAUCUGGAGGACAUAAUACUGAACACCGAAGAGAAUACUGCAGAAGAACAGGCCAGGGAGGAAAUUGAGAAGAUGGCCAAGGAAAUCAACGACAUUGCUUAUGAAAUGGAAAGCCGUCGAACUCAGCUUCAGUCAGAGGAGAUUGUUGCCGAGCUGGUUUAUAGUUUCCUGAUCCCAGAGGUGCAAAAGGAUUUCGUCAAAGAAAAAGUGAGGAAUGCACAGCGGAAGCAUAUUCUCGCAGCCCAUCAGAUUAUCCACGAGGGCACAGAAGACAUGAUCAGAAGAGACUUCGCCGAGCAACAGCAGUGUGAGGGCUCAGACACUGACAAGUUACUUAAGAAAGAAAACCAGAGUGAGAAGGACAGCUAAGGCUAUGAUCUUUUUUAAAGAAGUUGUACAAAUCAUCAUGAAGAAUUUCAGGAGUCUGUGCUUCUCCCCAGAUGUGCAGCUCUUAUGGGCUUGUCAUUGUGUGAUUCAUGAAGAAAGAGAUUUAUUUCUCUUUCUUAUUUCUUUUGGUAUGUGUACCAAAAGGCACAAGAAACUUCACAGCAGUACCAUUUAUGAUAGCAUUAAACUAGAAACCCAAAUGUCCAUCUCCAUUGGAAUAGACAAAUUGUGCUAUAUCACUACCAUGGGCUCACCACGGAGUUUUAGAUCUAAGACGUAUAGUCAUGCAACACCCAUAGAGGGGGUGAUGCUGGAGAGCAGUCUGCCCGUCCUGCGUGUGGACAAGCAUCAGGGUUGGAUGAAUCCUUCCCCAUUCAAAGAUCGGUAAAUAAAAAAUAUAAAUAAACAAAAGGAUCAACAAUAAAUUAACAUGGGACCCAUGCAAAGAAUUUACAAAAGAAAAUGUAUGCUACUCUGAAAAUGUAUGUUACUCUUAGGAAAUAUCUUAUUAGGGAAAACAAGAAAAACUAUCUGCUUGAUGUUUUGAACAAGAGACAAAAAGAAAUGGGCUUUUAGGAAAUUCAAACAGGGAACAAUAAGAACAGACAGCGGCCAAAAAACAGACAGAUGCAGGCUGAAAAGAAAAGAAAGCUGGCUGGUGCUGGAAGUAUCGGGGGGACACUAUGUAAAGCAUAUGAUUGUCUGACCAUUAUGCUGGACACUUGAAACUAAUGCGAAAUAAUAUUGAAUGUAAA